CUCUUGCUGUUUAUAUAAUAGUACAAUUUAAUGCUUAUUAAUCAAAGAGCGGUUUAUUCAAUUAAUGUAUAUUUGCUGUGUUUUUUUCUUCUCCUGUAUUUAACAACACAGACCGAAAAAGAACAAAAUCACGGCCACACGCCGGCUACAACUAAAAGGCAAGCUGCUAAAGAAGGCAGCAUCUAUGCUUGUAGCUGAGAAAGAGCAGAACAAGCGUGACAGGGAAAGUGCCCUGAACGAGAGAGUCCCACCACUCAAACUCUCUGGACUGUCUGGACAGGAGCUGCAGGAGCUCUGCAAAGAACUUCACCGCAAAAUAGACACCACUGAUGAAGCGCGAUAUGACCUUGAAGUUAAAGUGGCCAAAAAUGAAACAGAGAUUCAAUCACUGACACAGAAGAUUGGAGAGAUAAAGGGCACCAUGAACAGAACCAAACUGAAGAGGGUAAAGAAAUCUGCUGACGCUAUGCUUGGUGCUCUGACUGAAUCCAAAAUGUCAUCGAAGGCAGACUUUAAAGCCAACCUGAAGACAGUCAAGAAAGAGGAGGAGAAGAAGGAAGAGGUGACUGACUGGCGUAAGAACGUGGAGGCCAUGUCUGGUAUGGAAGGCAGAAAGAAGAUCUUUAAUGCCGGUCAAUAAAAGGUUUAGAUGCAGAAUAGUCAGCUGGAAACAUUGUGUGUAACAUUCUGUCAUAAUUAAGCAACAAUAAUUAAUUACAAAUGCAUAGAUGGCAUAAUCGAUAACAUGGUGCCACAAGAGGAGUGGACAUCUUUGUGGAAAUGGAAAAAACAUUCAAAAAAUAUUCAUUUUGCUUUAUCUGUGACCUUCCAUGGAUUCAUGACUGUAGAUAAACUGUUUGUGUCCCAAAGUUUUGUUGAGUUUCAGAACUCACUGAGCCUUGUGUCAAACCUGGCUGUUGUCAGCAUCUAACUUUGUGUCUUUGUGUUUUGCAUAGAAAUACACUGUGUGUGUUGAUCUGACCCACAGGUAAAAUAAAUCUGACUAGAGAUGGAUGAACUGUGAUUGAACUUUUGUGGUGUAAACCAUGUUACGUUGUAUGAUGGUAGAUUCUGCAAAUUUUUCUAGUCACUUGGAAAUGCAACUUACAGUGUAACAGCAUUCCACAAUUAAAUAUGAUGCAAUGUUUUAAAGAAA